AUGUCAUUGUCUACAACACCUACAGUAGAUACCGGACAAGACCCACAACCAGAUGAUAAUGAAUCUACUCAUUUACUUCGCAACCAAAGUGAAACUCCUAGUCAUGGAUCUAUUAAUGAUGAACCUACAAAAUACGUAUUAAAUAAAUCUUCAUCUUCUCAAGAAGAUGAAAACCAGAUGAAACCAGUUGGUGACGAUGCCGAUGAGGACGACGCGGAUGGAUUUUUACAACCGACUUCCACACUUUCCGACCCGGAAUUUUAUACUGCCAGAUCUCCUCCACCAGAUCAACAACCACUUAUGUAUGACCCAGACUCUCAACAAGAGAAUCCUAAUUCCAACCAACCUCGGAUUCAUAAUGACGACGAAAGCGAUUAUGAAAUAAAUGACGAUGAUGAUAAUAUGAGUAAGAUUGUCAAAUUUGCAAAAAGACCAAGCUUUAUAUGGAUAUGUACAUUGGGAAUACUAGCUUUCAUAAUAAUGCAAUUAACUUUCCUCCCAAGAACAUCACUUGCUAGAGAUUAUAGAAGAUGGCAUGGGAUUCAUUUAACUAAAUCGGAUGUUAAACGACGUUUUUUACAAAUGGCCGGAAUUGGGAAUUCUCAUAAUAGUUUAACUACUGAAGAAUAUAUUGAUAAUUGGUUAAGUAAUUUCACUAAUAUAAAUUCAAAACAUGCUACAAAUAUGAUAAGUGAUGAUAAUUUGGAAUUGUUGGGAUAUGUUGAGAAUCAAUUCAAGGGGUUUGGAUUCAAGACUGAAUUAUUUAAUUAUGAUGUACCGAAUGGAGUUCAUUUGAAUGAACCAAAAGGGUCUAGUUUAAGAUUGAUUGAUAAAAAUAAUGGACAAGUGAUUUAUUCCCCAUUGUGUGUUGAACCAGGAUUUGAAACCCCGGCGUUUUAUGCCAUGGGAAGAAAUGGAAGUGUGAUUGGGGAAUAUAUAUUCGUGAAUGAAGGUACACCCAAGGAUUAUUCAUUGUUAUCAAAACAUGGGAUUGAAGUCCAGGGCAAAAUUGUCAUAGUUUGUAGUAAGAAUUAUGAUUCUAAAAAUAUAACCAUUGCUGAAAAAGUCAGUAUUGCGGAAUAUAAUGGAGCAAUUGGAUUUAUAAAUUAUUUCGAUUUCCCCAAAUCAUCCAAAAAUAAUAUCGAGAAUGAAUCAAGAUUAAAUGUGGCAAUUUCAAGAGAUUUCAUAUUUGAAAAUUGUAAAAUCCCAGCUAUUCCAAUAAGUAAGAAAAUUAUUAAACCUAUUUUGGAAACUUUAUCUACUGAAACUUCUUCAAAAUUCGCUAAUUGGGAAUAUUCCCCCUAUGUUUCCAAUUCACCUAUUCAAUUAGAAUUAAACUCCACAUUUUCGUCCCAAAAGCGGAAAUUAACAAACAUAGUCGCAUCAAUAAAAGGAAUAAUGAACGAUGCAGAUGUUAUUAUCGGGGCCAGAAGAGAUUCAUAUACUUCUUCCAACCCAUUAUCUGGCCAUGCCAUUCUUUUGGAAAUUAUGAGAAAUUAUCAAAGAUUAGUUAAAUUAGGUUGGAAACCAUUACGUAAUAUCAUAUUUAUUUCCUGGGAUGGAUCAAUUUCAAAUAAUAUUGGAGCGAAAUUAUUUAUGGAAGAUAAAGAAGUAUUUAACCCCAAGAGAUCAGUGGUAGCAUAUAUAAAUAUUGAUGGGGAUGCGGUUAUGGGGAGUAAGUUUACGGUGGAUGCACAUCCUAUGUUACUGGAAUUGUUAAGGUAUACUGCGAAGUUUAUCCCAAUUCCUACUGAGGCUACUUGUGUCAAGACUUUGAGUAAUGUGUUUGAAAAGGAUGAUCAGCAUGCCAAGGACGAUGAUGAUGAUGAUGACGAUGAUGGCGAUGAUGGAUAUACUACUUUACACAAAUAUUGGAUGAAACAAGAUAAUGCUACUAUUAAUCAUAUAUUGGGAUUACCGAUUGUCAAUACUGAAUCAAUGAUAUUUCAACAACAUUUAAGUGUACCUACCAUCAAUCUUAAAUUCAGCAAUGAUCCAAAGAGAGAUAAAUCAUUAUACAUCCCUAAUUCUAAUUAUUAUUCUCGUGAUUGGUUAGUCAAACGAGAAAUCGAUGAUGAAUUGUUAUUACAUGGUCUGAUGAUUCGAUUUAUUGGAUUGUUGGCUAUAUCUUUAAGUGAACAUGAAGUGGUUGAUUAUAAGACCCAUAGUUAUUUCAAACAUAUUGGAAAGUUUUUCCAACAAUUUAAAGAUGGGAAUGAAAACACCAUAAUUGGAUGGAAGGAUCAGCUUAUCCCAAAUUAUUUAAUUGGAAAAUCGAAUAUUUUAUCAGAUAUGAAUAUGGAUAAGAUUUCAUUUGGUAGUUUGAUAAAUGAAGUAACUACCCUUAUUUCCAAAACAAUUGAUCAAUCACAAAUCUUUGAUGAUUGGAAUUAUCAUGUUGAAGAAGGUUUGACUCAAGAUUAUCCUUGGUAUAUGUACUAUAAAAAAUUACAACAUUUUGCCCAAUUUAAAGUCUCGAAUUAUAAAUUAUCUCAUCUAGAUCGAGAUUUGAAAUUGAAUUCACAUGAUUAUAAUACAUAUUUGAAUAAAGAUCGUCCAACCGAAAUCGCACCUCGUCAGAUGUUGUUGUCCUUAUCUAUGAAAGAACAACAUAAGAAGAAACAACCAUAUUAUUAUGAUUCGAUAAUAUAUGGAACUCCGGAUUUUACUCCUGAUGUAGGUGAGGAUUUCUUCAGGUCGAAAUUGAAUGCAAGUACGUUUACGAAUUUACAUAAGGUUGUUGGUGAAGAAGAUUUUGAAAUGAGUGUUAAAUGGUUAAUUUUGAUCUAUGAGAAGUUUAGAAGUUUGAAUUAUAAGAUGACGUAA